AUGGAUGAAAAUGAAGAUGGUGAAAUCAAAGAAACCAUGGAUAAAACAGAUGCCGCUCAAGAAUAUAAAACAGACGCUGCCUGGGAUGAUGAAUAUGAAGAAGACUGCUGUUCGAGACGUUACCUGUUCUGCCAUCGUCCCGAAAUGCGCCACGUCUACACGAGGAUGCAGACAUUUGGGUGGUGGCCAAUACAGUUACGCCAGACACCGAGGGAGCUCGCCAAGGCUGGUUUCUUCUACACAGGGGAUCACGAUGCCGUCGUCUGUUACUUUUGUGGUCUACGCGCCUACCGAUGGCAGAUAAUGGAUGAUCUAGUGAUGGAACAUUACAGACUUUCUCCAAGAUGUCCCCAUGUGAAUAACGUGUUCAGACAUUAG